AUGGGGUCGUGGAUAAAUUGUAUUCAAAUUCAUGAUGGUAGUGAAAAACUGAUAAUUUGUAAUGUAUAUAGAUCACCUAGUAGCAGCGUAAGUGUUUUCUGUGAUAAUAUACUAGAGUUAGCGGAUAAAUUAGUUGAUAUAGAGCAAAUAAGCAGUUAUAUUUUAGAUAUUUUAAAUGAGAUUGCACCUAUGAAACGAAAACUGAUUAAAUUUAAUUGGAAAAAUAAACCGUGGAUUAAUGAACAAGUUAUAAAUACUAUGAAACAAAGAGAUAAUGCUUUUAAAAUAGCUAGGAUUUCACAGUCCUCGAUUGACUUGAAUAAUUAUAAAAUAUUGCGCAAUAAAGUCGUUCAUGAAUUAAGAGAAAAUAAAAAGAAAUAUUAUGAAUAUCAUAUUGACAAUAACAAAAGAAAACCUCAAAAAAUGUGGAAAACUCUAAAAGAUCUGAUAGGCGAUAAGAAAAGAAACUAUUCCGAAAUCUGUGAAAUUAAAUUUGGUAGUGAAGCUAUAGCAGAUGAACAAUUAAUUACAAAUAAAAUGAAUGAAUAUUUUAUAAGCAGUAUAGAGAAUAUAGUUAGUGAAAUAGAUAAUCAAAAUAGUAAUUAUAAAAACGGAAACAAUGAAAUUUUAUGUAAAUGGGAAGUAUUUGAAGAUGUUGAUUAUGAUAUAAUUGAUAAAGUGAUUAACGGGCUUGAUUGUAGAAAGGGAUCUAAGAAUGAGAUUAAUGCGAGACUUGUAAAACUUAUAUGGAAAACAAAAAGUGAUAUUAUUUUAUAUAUGAUAAAGAGCUCGCUCAAGUUUGGUAUAGUGCCUCAUGAUUGGAAAAUAUCUACAAUAAUACCCAUACAAAAAGUUGCAGGAAGUGUUAGAGUAGAAGACCUAAGGCCGAUUAACACGCUACCAUUAUACGAACAAAUCCUUGAACACAUAGUCAAAAUACAACUUAGUAAAUUUAUUGAUGAUAACAACAUUAUUAACCCAGAACAGUCAGGAUUUAGAAGAAACCACUCGUGUGAAACAGCUUUGCAACAUUCUAUUAUAAACUGGAGAAAAGACUUGGAUAAAGGUUUGUUCAUUGGGGUUGUAUUUGUCGACUUCGCACGUGCAUUCGAGACUAUCAAUCGUGAUAUUUUAAUACAAAUAUUAUAUGAGUCGGGUAUAGAUGGUGUGUUAGGCACUGACUGCAAGUUGUUUGCUGAUGAUAUGAGAUUGGCUGUCAGUUGUAAUAAUAUUAAUAUGAUUGAAAAUAAAUUGAAUAAUAGUCUUGGAUUAUUGUCUGAAUGGUUGAGUCAACAUCAAUUAAAAAUUAAUGUAAAAAAAACGGUAUACAUGAUUAUUCAUGACCAACGACUUAAAGAUGUAAGAAAUAAAUGUAAAUUGUUUAUUAAUGGUAGUGAAUUAAAAUAUGUUCGUGAAACCAAAUAUUUGGGAAUCAUGAUAGAUGAUAAUCUUAAUUUUAGUAGCAAUGCUGUUUAUGGAAUGAAGUCAUAA